GAAGAAGAGACGAUGCCCGCCCAGCGCUCCAGCGCCCUGCUCGUGGUGGCCGCCUUCGCCUGCGCCGGCCUGGCGCUCCGCUGCGCGUUCGUGCCGCCCGCUGGCGAGGCAUCACUCCGCGGAGCGGCGCCUCGCGCUGACGCCGCACAGCUCGCAGCGGCUGGCGUGGCCCUGGCCGCGCCUGGGGCUGCGCACGCGCGCCUGCCGGACGAGUUCGUCUGGGGGGCGCCGAUCGUGGACGUGCUGCCCAUCCUGCCGAUCUUCUUCUUCCUCCUGGCCUUCCUGUGGCAGGCCUCCGUCGGCUUCCGCUGA